UUGGCAAGCAAUGUAUUUUUCUGCCAAAAUGCAAAGAGAUUUUGCUUUAAAUUUAUUAUCUCCAAUUUUAAAAGAAUCUAAUAUUACAAAUAAAUUAAAAAUAAUUGCACAUGAUGACCAAAGAAGCGGAGUAUAUAAAACUGCUAAAAAAAUUUAUGAAGACCCUCAAAAAUCUGCAGCAAUUGAUGGAUUAGGUACUCAUUGGUAUUCCCAUACAGAUUAUGGAGUUCUCAGUCAAGCACACAAUAUUCAACCAGAUAAAUUUAUUUUGGCAACAGAAGCUUGUAAUGCCUAUUUACCAUGGGAACACAAACCUUUACUUGGUGCUUGGUUUAGAGGGCAAGCAUAUGGACAUGAUAUUUUGAAUAAUUUAAAAAAUUGGGUUAUUGGAUGGAUUGAUUGGAAUUUAUGUCUUGAUCUUCAAGGAGGCCCGAAUUGGGUUAGAAAUUUUGUUGAUGCACCUAUUAUAGUAAAUGCUUCUGCUGAUGAAUUUUAUAAACAACCAACAUUCUAUUUUUUGGCUCAUUUUAGGUAAAUAAACAGUUGAACCUUAUUCUUAGAUACUCUCAUUUUGUAGUUUCCAUUAUUUAAUGUACCCCUCGUCAUUAGGUAAUAUUCGGGGAUUUCACGGACUAAGAAAGAAGUCAGAUCAGGUUUAAUACGGGCCUCGGAUUUCAGGUGUAGGUUUUCAGAUA